AUGGUUCUUACUGAGGCUGAGAUUGAAGCCGAAUUGGAUCGUAUCAUGCAAGCACCAGAAGUAGAUAAAGAGAAAGUUAAGGAAUUGGAGAAAAAAAUGAAGGAGGACGUUGCAAAUCAUGGAGUAGUUAUAGAUCCCAAGUAUAUGAAGACGAUUGAGUAUCUAAAGAUGGAUAAGCGACUCAACUCUAUGAUCAAAGUCACAGGAACUUCUAUUGUGGACAAGAAGAACUGA